AUGGCACCUACAGACUUCACCGACAUAUGGGCCCCCAUGCAGGUGCCUGAACUGAAAGUCCGAGACGGGUAUGGCACUGGGCCAGCCCGUAGCCGUCACAAACUGUCUAAAGACCAGAUUUCUCCGUGGACAAACCUUCUGGAUGAAAUAAGACGGCAUACGAAUCGAUAUUACAGAAAACCUAGAAACCAUGGUCCCAUUACCCGCUCUGAAUGCUACGUUGUUGGAAAUGAGAUUGGUGUCUCUGGCCGCUUUAAAAAAAUAGGUCCAGGUCUCACUUUUGGAGACCCUCAAGCUGGCACGCCUCUUUAUGGAAAGUCGUCGAGGACAGUGGCAGAUAGCACUGUCCAAUGCAAUAAAGAUCCGGGCACAAUAUGGAUUGUUGACGAGAUGAAAGCACCUUGGACAACGGGCCUUAAUGUGACUCCGAAGAAGCUGGCCAAGUUAUUAGGCCAAGUAGCAAGAUACAUGGAUGAUAACGAGACCCUCUAUGGGUUCUACUCGACUUAUAAUGAAACCGUGUUCCUCAAGCGGACGGGGAAAUACACUUUCCAGGUAUCCCCAGUGAUCAAUCACGAUUCGGUAUCAUCCCAUGAGUUCGGUCAGGUAAGCCUACGGGAAUGCUUCUUAGCCAUAGCGCAUAUGGCUGGUGAGAAGUGGCGGUAUUCGAGAAGGACCGGGGACAGUCUGACAUCAGGAAAAUGGAAAGUGCAAGCUCUAUAAGCGUAGAACAAUG